GUGCAGAGAUUGUGGAAGCCCUGGUUGAUGUGUUAAAAGUGAGUUUAGCGUGUGGAAAGGGCCAUCGCAGGAGUACCUGAGCAUGGCGCACGCAAUGAAUAACGGGAGGCAUUUUUGCGUCUAUAGUCUAUGAAUGUCCUCUAAACGAUCGCUUGCAAGAAGAAAGCUGGGUGGAAUGUCAAUUUAUAUCCACCAGACUAAAAAGCGGAAGAUCAAUCAGUCCACAGUUCUGAAUCCAAUCCCAGGCGGAGGACACACACCGUGCAGCCGAACUUGGACAAUUCGUCUUUGCUUGGCUGAUGACUCUCGGUCUUCACGACGGUGGGUCUCUAUACUUCUAUCGGUAUUUAAUUAUAUAAUUAUGCAGAUAGAAAUCUAUUUGGGGAAAGAGUGACAAAUUUCUAGGCAAAUCAACGUGAAUUGCUUGAGAGUUACGAACAGAGAUUUCAUCAAUAGAGGUGAACGCCUUGCGAUUGAGUCACUCCCGGAG